AUGUCUGAAUCCCACAAGAAAAAAGACAAGGCGCCAGAAAUUAUUGAUACAACUGUCGAUCCAGAUUCCGAAGAGGGCCAUUCUGAUUCCGAUGCUGAAGAUUUUGCAGACCAUAACGCGGUCGAUGCGGGACCCUCAACAUCCACGUCGCAGAAGAAGAAGAAAAAGAAAAAGUCGAAGGCAAAGAAGCUCAUAAACUCUCUCCGUGCCAAGGAUGAUGAAAUUCCGCAAGAGGUUGUUGAUCGUGUACUGGAUAAAGUUAAAACAGAUGGCGCGACGAGCUCUUUGGAAAUCAACGCGGAGAAUAUUAGACAAGCGUUACAGCAGAUGAAGAUCAUGGAUGUGGUGAAAGGGAAGGCUGGCCCUGGAGGUUUGAAUGCAAAGAAUAUGGGCGAACAUAAGUUUUGGGCAACCCAGCCAGUCCCGCAACCGGGCGAAGGGGUGCCUUUGGAAGAGGGAUAUAUCGAGCCAUCGAAACCUCGUGAAGAAGUCCGUCAAGAACCUUAUUCCUUGCCCAAAGACUUCGAAUGGGCAACUCUUGACAUCAACGAUCCUGUUCAAAACAAGGAGGUGUACGACCUCUUGUCGCUCAACUACGUGGAAGAUGAUCAUGCUGCCUUCCGAUUUCAAUAUAGUGCCGAAUUCCUCGCAUGGGCUCUUAAACCUCCUGGCUAUCACCCAGAAUGGCAUAUUGGUGUACGCGUAUCCACGAAUAAGAAGCUAGUCGCUUUCAUUUCAGGAGUUCCAAUGACCCUACGGGUGCGCCAACAUGUGAUCCAAGUCAGCGAGAUCAACUACCUGUGCGUUCACAAGAAGCUGCGAUCAAAGCGACUGGCGCCAGUGCUAAUAAAAGAAGUGACCCGACAAUGCCACCUGAAAGGGGUUUUCCAAGCAAUAUACACCGCCGGGGUUGUGAUUCCUACCCCAGUAUCCGUCUGCAGAUACUACCACCGCUCACUAAAUAUUCCUAAGCUCGUCGAGACGAAGUUUUGCCAUGUACCACGCAACAUGACGCUAGCACGGAUGAUUCGCCUGAACAAAUUGCCCAGUAAAACCUCGGUACCUGGGCUCAGAGAAAUGCAGGAGAAGGACAUUGUUGCUGCUACGACCCUCUUUAACCAGUACAUGAAGCGAUUCGACCUGGUCCCGUUCUUCACCUUAGAAGAUGCGAGGCACCAGUUCCUGAGCGGUAGCGGUGAAGGCGAAAUAGGAACUGGGGGUGUCGGACGUAGAGAGGGACAAGUAACAUGGUCGUAUGUCGUUGAGGAACCGGAAACUGGUAAAAUUACUGAUUUCUUCUCGUUCUACUCCCUUCCCUCGACUGUCAUCAACAACACCACACACCCCAUUCUCGAGGCGGCGUAUUUAUUUUAUUAUGCUACCGAAGUCGGCUUACCACCCAGCGAGGACCAAGACGAGAAAGUCAAGAAACGGCUGCUCGCCUUGGUUGGUGACGCACUCGUCGUCGCCAAUGAAGCCAAGUUCGAUGUCUUCAAUGCCCUGACUCUGAUGGACAAUGUGCCUAUUUUGCAAGACCUGCGGUUUGGCGUUGGAGAUGGUUUCUUGAACUUCUAUCUGUACAACUGGCGAACAUCACCGUUCGCUGGGAUGAACCCUGAAGGCUCUGUUCCUGCCGGAAAAGGGAUUGGUGUGGUAAUGCUAUGA